GUUUUGACGUAAGUACAUUAUGUGUCAUAGUCAUUGCGUUCUUACAAUUUAAUUUAAAGAAAUCUCUGUAUCUACCUACUAAAUUUAUUAAGAUGUGUUCUGAUACUGAAACACUACGAUCUGCGUUUAAAUAUAUUACAGGAGAAACAGAACACAUUUGUAGGUUAUGUUUUGGAUCCACUGCUGAUAGAGAGGAAAUUUCUAUGGAAGACAGUGUUAAUCUCCAACGGCCGUAUUUUGACCAAACUAUAACUUUCAUCGAUAUGCUAGAUGAUCUUGGGGUCACCAUAGAGCCAUACCUACCACAAGUGCUAUGUUCAAGCUGUGCUUCAGCACUUAAAAACUCUUAUUUAUUUAAGAAACUUUGCCAACAUUCAGAUACAGAAUGGAUCAAACUAAUGGCAAGAUUUGUAAAAUGUUUAGAUCUUGCUGAUACUGCAGGGCCUAAUGUGGUAACAGCUUAUCUUGUAGUGAACAAUACUGAAAACCUUAUGUUCACUAGUGGAAAAGACCAAGGGCAAAAAAACAAAAAGACUGCACUAGGAAAAUUAAAAAACAUCAUCAAAAGUAGAGAAAGUUAUGUGAAAGUAAUGAAGAAACAAAAGAACAUUAUAAGAUGUGAAAUCUGUAAUGAAAAAUUCACUUCAAAUUGUCGCCGCGAAAAACAUUACAAAAACACACAUGGUAAAACUAGCUAUCCUUGCCGACAUUGCACCAAAGUUUUUUCGACUGCACUUCUAUGUGAAGGACAUACUGAAAGAGUUCAUCUUACCAGGAAAAUACAGUGUUCUAAGUGUUCAAAAAUGUUCAGCACCGAAAGACUUCUCCGCUAUCAUGACAAAUUUCAUCACACAGCUACUGUAUGCAAAUUAUGCUUCGUACAGUUACCAUCAAAAAGAGAUUUGAGGAUCCACAUGGACAAGCAUGAGUUGAACAAAUGUCCCAAAUGUGAAAAGUGUUUUCUUUAUAGACAGACAUUCAAAACACACCUAACAAUUUGUGGAGUGACAGAGAAACGCCCUAAAUUCUUUUGUGAUAUAUGUAACAAAGGUUAUUUUCGAAAGAACGGACUGAAAACUCAUCUAAAGAUUAGUCAUGGGUUUGGGCAGGUUUUAUCGUGCAGCUGGUGCGGCAAGAAGUAUGAUGCCAUUAGUAGACUCAAGAAUCACAUUGUGAAGCAUACCAAGGAGAGAAACUUCCAUUGUGAACAGUGUGGAGGGAAAUUCGUCACACAAGCAGCAUUGGUGUAUCAUUCCAGACUACAUACUGGUGAAAGACCCUUUCCAUGUGAUUUGUGCAGUGAAAGCUUUCUUUCUGCAUCAAGACGGAUGGAGCACAAGCGCAGAAAACAUUUUGGGCCAACAAAAGAGUGUCCUGUAUGUAAAAUGAAGUUCGUAACCAGGAAUAUACUAAAAAAACAUCUUGAGAGGCACUUUAACCCUCAUAGCAAAUUAUAUGUGUCUGGUGCAGAUCCAAAACUGAUUCAAAGUGAAGGAUUCGACUCUUUAGAUAAAAAUACGCCAUUGAAUGUUAGUUAUAAUAACCAGUUACUCUUUGUCACAAAUGACCUCAAUAACAAAAAAUUCAUACUUCCAGAAUAAUUCAAUUCUCUGUUAUUUUUAUAGCAAUAACUAUUAAUUUCCAAGUAUAGACAUAUGUACUAUAAACAAAUUUCAAAGUUUGUUCUUACCAGUUUUCUGUGUAAUGUUACUAUUGUAUCUCCAAAAAUUUUAGCCAUUUACAUGGCAACUAUGAAAGUAAAAAUAAGAGUCACAUUGUUUUUAUUUUACAAAUUUAUUCAGUGGUUAAAAUAUACAAAUUAUACU